UAUGCUCUAGAGACCUCAGGCAAGGCAGCUCAUAGGCGGCUUUUCAUAAAACAAGGCUCAGCUCGUAUAAAGGAGGCCAGUUUUGAAGCAGGCGUCGAGCAGCGCACAUCUACCCACCACCUAGGCACCAUCACCAGUCAUCUCCUAGCCUAUUAUUGCACUUUGGUGAGCCGCCCAUACCCUUUUCAAUGUAUAAAAUGGAGUAUUCUUACCUUAAUUCCUCUGCCUACGAGUCAUGUAUGGCUGGGAUGGACACUUCAAGCCUGGCUUCAGCCUAUGCGGAUUUCAGUUCUUGCAGCCAAGCCAGUGGAUUCCAGUAUAAUCCUAUAAGGACCACGUUCGGAGCCACAUCAGGAUGCCCGUCUCUAACUCCUGGACCCUGUAGCCUUGGGACGCUUAGAGACCACCAGAGCAGCCCGUACGCAGCAGUUCCUUACAAGCUCUUUACUGACCAUGGCGGCUUGAACGAGAAGAGGAAACAGAGGCGCAUCAGAACCACUUUCACUAGCGCACAACUCAAGGAACUUGAGAGAGUGUUCGCAGAAACCCAUUACCCUGACAUUUACACCAGGGAGGAACUGGCAUUGAAGAUCGACCUCACCGAAGCUCGAGUCCAGGUUUGGUUCCAGAACCGUCGCGCCAAAUUCCGCAAACAGGAGCGAGCGGCAGCUGCAGCAGCGGCGGCAAGCAAGAACGGCUCAGGGGGCAAGAAAUCCGAAUCGCGGGACGACGAGAGCAAAGAGCCCAAAGCCACUGACCCAGACAGUACUGGAGGUCCCGGUCCUAACCCCAACCCCACCCCAAGCUGCGGAGGACCCAGCCCCACGGGAGGACAGGGCAAUGCCAGUGGGAACGUGGCCGUGGAUCAGGUUAAAUCUGGAGCAGGGGUUCACGGAGCUGGGGUACCAGGGCAGGGCUGGGCGUCCGCUCCGGGCACUAUCACCUCCAUCCCCGAUUCAUUAGGGGGACCUUUUGCAAGUGUCCUCUCGUCUCUUCAAAGACCCAACGGAACCAAACCCACUUUAGUGAAAACCAGCAUGUUUUGAACUUUUCCAAAGAGUCAUUCAUUGUUUAAUGAUAUCUGGUCAACCACUGCAUUGACUCGCGCGAGAGUGAUAUGCUGAACCCCGACUUCUGACCAAAUGGCAUUCAAGUUAGUGGCAGACUGACGAGGGAGCUGGCGCCGCUUAUGGUUUACUGUUUGAAAUCAGAGACUGUCUACAAACUAUUAUAAUUACAGGGGACAGCAUGGUCAUUGAUACAUCCACGGGAGAGACUUGUAUCGAAGGUUAGGCCAGUACUUGUAUUGAUGUGUUGAGCAUAUUGGUUGUAAUAUGUCGGUCCCUCCCUGUUCCGUUUCUUGGUAGAUUUUAUACAUCUGUAAAAUAGCAUUGUUAAUGUUAUGGUAGAGAACAUUUCUGUCAUUGUUUUAAACCUCAAUUUCCUGUAUCAAAAUAGUCAUUUAACAAAACAAGCACUGGAUCAGUAUGUGUAGCAUGCAUUAAAGCUGCCGCGGGGAUAAGGGUUUAGAAGAAAGUUUUGUUUGCUUGUUUUAUCGGAACACGCAUCUUGCGAUGUAUGUAUA